AUGAGUUCAUCUCUGGAUUCUCUUUCAGAACAUAGUAUAAGUCAAGAGCCAUUAACAAUAUAUGUUUUGGAUGUAAUACGGCGUCUUGAAAAACGAACUCAAAGUAUACUUGAAAAACAGGCUGAAAUCAUGGAAUGUAUACGUUCAAAAGAGGCUGUUUUUGCACAGAUUACGCAAUAUCAAGACGUAAUAUCAAAUAUACGUAAUAUACCAGUAUAUACGGAAAAAACAAUACGUUUAAUGCAGGAAAUUGCAUGUCUGAAGAAGCAGACACAGUGUUUACAGGAGUCUUGUAUGCAAAUAUAUAAACAGCGGCAAAAUUUGUCUGAAGAAUGGGAAAAAAUAAAGAAAAAAGAACAAGAACAUGAUACAGAGGUUUUACGUGCACAAUACACACCAGAUACACAGAAUCCUGCGUUGCCUAUGAUUAUCAAGGUAAAACGUGAUCCAUCGAAGGUUUUACAGGCACAUAUUGAGGAAUAA